UUGCGUUUAUUGUCACCCAAUAUAUAUACAUUCCUGGUACAGACAGGAAUAGUGGGGCAGAAACCCUCUUACGCACACCCCGUGAGAUAUUCCGUCGGAGAACAUGCUUCAGAAUCGAAUCUACCUGAAAUAGUGAACGUUAAACCAGUUUUUCAUUUUCAAUGUCUACUGUUUAUCGUUAAUUUUUGAAUGUGCAUCGUUUUAAUAACAAAUAAAAAAUUAUAAAGAAUAGAACUAUUUCUUUAAUAUUAAAAAAUUUUAAAAAGUGAAAUUAUAUAAAAAAGGUAAUAAAAACGCAGUGAAAUAUCAACAUUAUAAUUGCAAAUUACAAUUAUUUAUAAAUACUAUUUUAAUUGUUAAAUAUUUUAAAAAUCAUAUUAGAAAAAAAUAUUAGAAAAUUACAAAAAAAGAAAGAAUAUUGGAAGUAUCUUAAAGAAAAGUCAAAUUCUAUGACAGGAUAACACUCCUCGCGUGCAGCAAAGAUGGCCGAGUUAAAGGAGCAACCAAUCAGAAGGGAGCACGAUUCGAUGGACGAUUUUGAGCAUCUCGAACACGUCCAGGAUGGACAAUCAAGUCAUCUUGAAAUUCACAACGAAAAAAUAGAAAAGAAUUCGAAAAAUAAUUUCGAUAUGGAACAGGAUAUGAUUAAUUUUUCCUCUAAUCAAUCAUCAAAUGAACUAGAAGAUCCUAGAAAAGCGACAAUGUUACUGUUAGAAUCUGAGAAAGGAAGACCGGCUGAAGAAACUAAUUUUGAGGUUAGAUCAAAGGAGCUCGAUUUCUUAUCAAGUAAAAUAGAUGAUCAAUCGGAAGUUAUGACGAUUCAACCAGUUAAUAAAAAAGAAGAAGAGAAACAAGAAAUUACAGAAAAAGAAGAGGUUAAGGAAACCAAGAUUCCGGAUCGCGAAGCAGAAAUUGUUUUUAAUACAGAGAAAAAAAUAGAUAAUUCAUGGAAUAUUAUCGAAAAAUCUCCAGUUCCGGAAUCAAUUUUGAAACCGGAGAAAAGAGAAGAAUGUGUAAGUGAAAAUGUGCAUGCUGAUACAGAGAAAAAGGAACGAAUCAGUGCAACAGAAACUGGAGAAUCUGAAUUUGAAUCAGAAGUUGAGGUAUCUCCAGUAAAAAGUUUCAAAUCAAUAAAACAGGAAGUGAAAAGAGAACCAGUGGAAGAAGUGGAAAUUGCACCGAAGGAGAUAUUUAGUAGUAUGGGAAUAGUGGCAGCUUUAAUUUAUUGGCGUGAUCCAAAGAAAUCAGGCCCCGUGUUCGGCUGCAUACUUGGCGUGCUCCUCUCGUUGGCCUACUUCAGUCUGAUAAGCGUUCUUGCUUAUUUAUCUCUUCUUAUCCUCACUGGUACCAUUGCUUUUAGGAUUCACAAUACCGUCCUUCAAGCUAUUCAGAAAACUUCCGAUGGGCAUCCUUUCCAAAAUAUUUUGGAAAUGGACUUAACAUUGCCUGCGGAGAAGGUGCAUGAAGUAGCGGAUGUGGCUGUCGCACACUUAAAUGCAGCAGUUUGUGAACUUCGUAGGCUCUUUUUUGUCGAAGAUUUUGUCGAUUCUUUGAAAUUUGGUGUCCUUCUUUGGUGCCUCACCUAUGUGGGUUCUUGGUUUAAUGGCAUGACUCUAAUUAUAAUUGGAGUAAUUGCCUUAUUUACAUUACCGAAGGUUUAUGAGACAAAUAAAUCACAAAUAGAUCAAAAUUUAGCAUUGGUACAAAGCAAGAUCAAUGAGCUCACUGCUAAGGUGAAAGCUGCGAUACCAUUUGGCAAGAAAGAACCAAAGAAAGAAGAAUAAAUAUGAAAGUUUACCACCACGCGGGAACAAAAGAGAUUUAAGCGAAUUUGUCGGAUACUUGCGAAAUCCACGCAAGAAUGAAAAAAAGAACAGUUAUACAAAAGAAUGGAAAUGAUUAUAAAAAAAAAGAAAUUUAAAAAAGAUAGAAAACAUAUAGAGUUUAAAGAAAUGAUGAAAAAGAAAUAUUUACAAGAAAAUGCAGAAUAGAUAAAAUGAACAGCAAAAUGAAAUGUUAUGCCAAUGUUGAAAAAAAGAAUGCUGAAAAAAUCUAUUUAUAAUAAUAUUAUAAUAUUAUAUGAUAUAAUAUAAUAUUAUAAUAUGUAUAUAUUUUAUUAUAUUAUAAUAUUAUGAUAUAUAUUAUAUAAUAUAUUAUAACAUAUAUUAUAAAUGAUUCACGAAAAUAAAAGAUAAAAAAAGAUUCUUAGCGUUGUAAGGUUUAAAAACAGGAUAAUUUUUUUUAAUUCUGAAAUUCCUAUGUACUGAAAUAAAAUGAUAAAAAGUAGUUACAAUAGAAGCAUGGCUUGCAAAGAAAAUGUAAUGAACAAGCAUUGAAUAUAUGUAUAUGAAAAAAAAGAAAAAAGGAAAAAUAGUGUUAUAUAAAGAUGAGAAGUAUUUCUGAAAGUGCAAGAAGAUUGAAAUGUGAAUCGCAAUAGGGUAACGGCUUCUAAAGAAAGAAAAACGAGAAGAGGUCAUAAGGUAAUAUAAAGGAAAAAAACUCGGCAAUUGGAUUUUAAUGUCUGAUGAUAUCGUAAAACGAGUAUUCCUUUUUUGGAUUUACAAACUGUCCCUAUUAAUCGAAAUAAACGGAAAGAAGUAACAUUUAGCGAUUACAUUAAUUUGUUGCGAUAAGGGAGACGAAUAGAACCCUUUGGUGUACUCUGCAGAAAUCAUGAAUGGUGCAAUGCGUGUGUCUAAGGGUUUUCCGAUUUUCCUUCUAUUUUUUGUUUUUUCCUCGCACUUUCCCAUACCAUUCCGAAUUGAUAUUUCUUCUUUACAAAAUGAUAUGCGGUCCCAUUAAAAUUAAUUCUAAUUAAUUGUUUAUUUUUCAAUAAAUUUCUUUCAUUAUAUAUAGUUAUUGAAAAAUAUCUUUAGCACAAAGAUACUUUUUUUUCUCCUAAUCUUUAAUUUUUUGCUUUGAAAUUUAUAUUUUCUUAUUUUCCUUUCUUUUUCAUUUAUUCAAAACAUUUUAUGAAAAAUUCAAUUUUUUAUUGUUAAAAAAUCUUUUAUAAUUAAAAUCAUGUACAUAAAUAGAGUUAAAAUAAUUUGUUUUAUAAUACAUUGCUUUAUUUCUCUCUUUUAGAAAUUUCAAAUUUGCAUUCACAUUCUUUAAGCUUGAGUUUUAUAACAAAAUAUAAUGUAAGAUUUUUUAAUUUAUAAUAUUAUAUAAAAUAUGCACACAUUGAACGUGUGACAAUAAUAGAUUAUAUUAAAAUUAUAUUAAAAAUGUUAAGAAUGAAAUAAUAUAAAUAGUUUAAAGAUAAAUGGAAUAUUUGUUUUCAAUAAAUUUUAUUUAUUUUGAAAAAUUUAAAUAAUUUCGUUAGAGGAAACUGAUUUAAAAUUUAUAUUAAUAUUUUUUUUUUAACAAACAUUUCUAGUGAUAUUUAUUAUUCUAUAAUAUUUUCAUUAUUCUUUUUUAGUAUAAAAAUUUAGAUCAGUUUCCUAGACUUUUAUAUAUAAUUACAUUUUUUCAGUUUAUAUAAAUCUAUAUUCUCUUUAUCUAUUUGUAGUUUUGUUCCUUUAAUAAAAUUUGUUAAUUUUAUCAAUUUUUAUCAUUUUUUGAUGAUUGAUAUUUUCAAAAUUUUUUUAUUUAUGAUAUGUAUAAUAUUUGUUUAAUAUUUGUACAAAACAUAUUUAAGUUUAUUACUUAAAAUAUAUGCACUUAUUUAUGGUUAUAUCAUAUCAAUAUAAGAUAAUAUAUCAAGAAAUGAAAUUUAUAUAAUUGUAAAUAUAAAUCAUGAAUUUUUAUUGUUUCAGUAAAUAUCUCUUAGUUCUUAUUAUUAUCUUAAAAUUUGAUUUAAAAAAAAUAAGCAACGAAAAAAAUAGUUAUUAAAAAUAUCAAUUAAUUAUAAUCUUUAAAAAUAUUAAUAAAUAUGCAUAAUAUUAAUAAAUUUUGCUUUGUGCAUAACUAAUUGAUGUAAAAUCAAUUCUUUAUAAAGAAAAAAAAUGAUUCUGUGCAUGUGAAGAAGAAGGAAAAAAGAAUGAAAGAAUAAAAAAAGAUGAAAUUUGUUAUUUGUUUUUAAUAGUAUUGUUAUGAGUAUUGCGCAUUUUAAAUUAUUUUUUAAAUAACACUAUAUAUAAUAUAUUAAUAUUAUUUAAUUAAAAAUUAAAUUAUAAAUUUAAUUAAAAUUGAUUUUUAAUAUGUAUCUAAAAUUUUAAGAUUUUAUUUAUAUAAAAUUUAUACAUAGAAAUUUACAUACAGCUCAAUUAAAUUUUAUUGAAGAUUAAAAAUCAAUUUAUAUCAAAUUUAAAAAAUUACAUUUUGAAAAAUGAAUUAAUUUUCUUUAAAAUAAUAUUUUAAGAAAUAUGUUUCAGUCUACAUAAUUGAUUAAUAAAUAAUUAUAAAUCUUUAAUGGAAUAUGUAUAUGCUGGAUAAAAAAUUACUUUUGAAAAAAAGCUUAAUAAUUGUUGUAUAAUAUAGAUUACAAAUAGUGUAUUAACAUAAUAUUUUCAUUGUCAAUUUGAAUCUUAUGAAUAGAUUUAUUUACAUAUUUGAUAAUAUUAAAUCUUGAAGAAAUAAAUCUUUCUGGCAGCAAUACAAUUUUAACUUAUAAAAAAUAAAAAAAAUGAAUUUUUUGGAAAUCAUAAAUGGGCCCGCAUAUCAAAUGAUUCUGUAAUAUCGCUCAUUACAUAAUUAUUCUUAAAAAAAGAAAAUAGUUGAACAUGCGCGUGCGUGUAUUUGUAUCUGUGCGUAUGUAUGUUGUGUAUAUGAGAAUAAAAAAAGUAGCGCCGUUUCUUUUUCGGCGUUUUCGAAGAUUUUUUCUUCGAGUAAUAUAAUUAUCGCUAUCAUAUUAUUAAGUGUAACUAUAUCGUUAAACAUUACAAUGGAAAGUUGUUAGCUGAAUUGCGAAUUUUUAUUAUGAUAUCGUUCGAAACAAAUUUGCGGAUACCUGAAAUUGUAUUCAUACUUUUUUAAAUCGUAUUGCAUUGUUGAUCAAUGUAUCGAACUAUAAAAAUUCAUACAUAUAAUUCCUUACGAUGAAUACGAUUUAAUAAAAUAUCGAUGAAAUUUGAUUGGGUAUCAUUACAUUUUCAAAUAUGACGUCUCUAAAAAAGAUGAUUAUAAUGGGAAAGGAAUGCGAAAAAAAUAGAUAGAAACGAAGGAAGAAGAAUCUUUUUCAGAAUGCAAAUUGUAAUACGCGUAUCGCUUAUUGACGUUUUCAUUAUUGCAUCUGCAUCCGCACGAUUAAUUUAUAAAUAAAUUAUAUUAAACAAGACACUGAA